AUGAUUUUCAGAUUCCAGUUGCUCUUCUUGAGCCUUCUCGGACUCGGAGUGUAUUCCGCUCCUCUAUCGGAACGAAACGAGGCACAAAUCACCAAGAGAGGCGCCAAAUUGAAUGAGUUUUUGAAUGUUCUUCUUGAACACCUCCCUGUGGUCAGCGAGUCCCUCAAUCAGGGUACAGCUCUUAUCACCAACCUCAGCAAACUUCUUGGCACAUUGACAGGCGCUCAAGAUACCUAUAAUGAGGCCGGAGGCUCCUGUAAGGAGUGGACCGUGGUGUUUGCGCGUGGCACAUCCGAGCCAGGAAAUGUCGGAAUACUCGUCGGGCCUCCGCUCUUUGAUGCUUUACUAGACAAGUUCGGGGACUCCGCAGUUGCAAUUCAGGGCGUCAAUAAUUAUGCGGCAUCUGUCCAAGGGUAUUUGGCUGGUGGUGAUGCCGCUGGAAGCACUGAAAUGGCGCGACAGAUCGAAGCCGUAAAAUCAAAAUGUCCGAAUACCAAGGUUAUUGCUUCCGGAUACUCCCAAGGCUGUCAAAUUGUGCACAACGCGGUUUCCAAGCUCCAGGCUACAACUGCUAGCUGGAUCAGCAGUGUAUUGCUAUUCGGAGACCCUAAAAAGGCACAAGCUCUUCCAAAUGUCCCUACAUCAAAGGUAUACACGGCAUGCCAUGCCGGAGACGACAUCUGCAAAAAUGGAAUAUUGAUUGGCCCUGCCCAUUUGACGUACGCGUUGAAUGUCGAAGAUGCCGCCAACUUCGCAGCCAAUGCGGCCUAG